UUCACUUGUUUUCUCAUGUUUGGCCUUUUUAACUUCUUGAAAGAGAUUGCGAUGCAAGUUGGGCUAUGUCUAAUUGCGCUCACAUGCUCAGAUAACGUCCGUAGGAGGACUUUUUGUUCUGAAAAUUUAGUGCCCAUGAUUCGAUAAAAUAGCAAUACUCAAAUGUUGAAAGCGAAGAAAAAUUACAGUUUCCAAUAUGAAAUGGAGCAUCGGCACAAGCGUAGGCCUUGGCCUAUUCCACGCCUUCAUGAACGGCUUUUGGUUUUGUCACAGGGAAGGAUUUCUUGCACUUCGAGGGAUUGCGGGGCUGAGAGCGUAGGAGACAUUGUAAGUGACGUCUGUCUGCAUAAUUUUUUAAGUGUUUUGCCAACUGUUCGGGCCUUAGAAAUUGCACAUUUCUUAUAAGAUCCCAGCAUUCGUCUUCAAAGUUUGCGGGUGACCAGUGGGGAAAUCAGAGCAAAAGUAUAAACUUUUCUUUUGAUUUACCUCGGCACCUGCAUUUGUUUGGAAAUUGAAUUUCUGCAGUCGAAGGUCUUCCUUUGAAGUUUGACUGAUUUGGGGAUUGGAUUCGACCGCAUUGGGGACGACAUAUCAAAUUGAUUUUGAUUUGGCAUGUGAUUCACCUCAAAUUCAAUCUAACAUCAAGACUUAAUGUGCGCAUAUUGAGAUGGGGUUUGGAAGCAAUCCAAAUAUGAGGAGCGCUGAAUAUCUGGAAGGGAUUCUUCCUGACUAUGUAGGAAUUAAAGGAAGAAUAAGGCCAAGUAAGACUGCUUCGACACGUUUGGGUACAUGCCUAACAUGCUUGCAAUUUUCCAUUGCCAUCUAUGCAACUUUUCUUCUCUACAUCAUGACCCCUACAUUGGAUUUAAGGACAAUGGAUCUGAAGCCUAGUACACAUGUUGCUGAGCACUGGAGAGAAUUUAUUACAAAUCCCCUGUCUCACAAUCCUGGCAAUGAAAGCUCCAUUGCCAAUGCAGGAUCUGUUUUUAAAUAUGAGGUUUGUGAGCAUCAAAAUAUUAAUUUUUCACAGAAAAUAUCAAAUGAUCAAAGGAUGAUAAGCAUCAAAAGAGAACUCUACAAUGAGAUUGUAAUUUUCCAGAAUAGGACAUUUGGAACUGAAACUUUGGAGGAGCUAAUGAGAUUGCCUUCUGCAUGGAAUUCCUCUUCAAAACCUCCAAAAAUAAUAGUAAUUUUGAACCAUUUCCAGAGGAAAACUCUCUGUGCGCAGCUUGAUUCACUUCUGCAUCAAACUAUUCCAUUCCACAGGAUUUGGGUUCUUGCAUUUGGUAGCCCAAAUGAAAAUUCCCUGAAAAGCAUUGUGGAGACUUACAAUGAUUCAAGGAUUAGUUUUGUGAGUUCAAGCUAUGAUUAUAAAUACUAUGGAAGGUUUCAACUUGCAUUACAAUCAGAAGAAUCUGAUUUUGUGUAUGUUUUGGAUGAUGAUAUGAUACCUGGAAGGAAAAUGCUACAGAUUUUGGGACAUGUUGCAGGAACCAAGAAAUAUAGAAAUGCUGUUUUGGGUAGUAUUGGAAGGAUAUUACCCUUUAGACAGAAGGAUUUUACUUUUCCAAGCUAUAGAAAGUACGGUUCCAAAGAAGCAGGCCUGUAUUUGCCUGACCCAGCAUAUGGAAUUAUUGUUGACAAGAUUGUUCGGGUGGAUUUUCUGUCAAGUUCUUGGUUUUUACCCACAGAUCUGCUCAAGACAUUGUUUACUGAGAGUCCUAUCACAUUUGCAACAGGGGAAGAUCUACAUUUAAGCUACCAGCUUCAAAAGUACAGAAAUGCUGGUUCUUUUGUUCUUCCUACAAAUCCAGAGGAUAAAGAAACAUGGGGAGACAGUGAGCACAGACUUGCAUAUGUCUCCGAGACAACUGUAAUUCAUAAGGAUAUAGUGCAAAUUCGAGAUGAUCAAUGGUGGAGAGUAUUUUCUCGUGGUUAUGUCACACAAUGGGCUGCAAUGUAUCCUCAAAAAAUAGAUGCAUUAUUCUUUGCUCAUUCUGUAAGUGAGGUUGUGGCAUUGCGUCCGCUUUUUGAAAAAUUUCAAUCUGUUCAAGGAAAGAAAGCUUACAUUGUUGUCUCAGGAGGGUCACAUUGUCCAUGUGAAGAGGCUGCUUUAGCUCUAGGAUGGCCAAAACCAGUGUGCCAUGAAAGGCGUUUCAAAAUCUUUGAUUUGGAACUUGAUUCCGUUUCAAAAGCAUCACACUCUGAGGUUUCUCUUGUCCAAUCAGUUUAUUCAAGCAUGAAAGGGCUUCUGACAAUUCAUAAUCCUUCUCUGGUAAUCACAGUAUCUGACAUUGAUGUGAAUGUUAGGGAUGGACUGAAACUGGCUGUCUCAAGCAAUGAAAAUACUUCUUUGACCCAUUUACCAAGAUCUGCUGUGCCUAAAGUUCUCUGGAUAACAGAUCUAAAGUCUUCUGUUCUGCCAAAUUGGAAUCGAAUGAGAAUUUCUGUGAAUAUCAUUACACAAAAUAGGCCUUCAUCUCUUCAGAGGCUCCUCAAAUCUAUCUCUCAUGCCUAUUACCUUGGAGAUGAAAUAUUUCUGACUUUCAACAUGGACAGUAAAGUUGACGAAGAGACAUUGAAAAUUGUGAACAGUUUCAAAUGGCCUCAUGGUCCAAAACAUUUUAGACGAAGAAUCAUUCAAGGUGGUCUCAUUCGAGCUGUUAGUGAGAGUUGGUUCCCCACUUCUGAUGAUGAUUUUGGCUUGUUACUUGAAGAUGACAUUGAGGUUUCUCCAUACUACUAUUUAUGGAUGAAGUAUGCUGUUCUAGCCUACCAUUAUGAUCCUGAAGUUCAUCUUCCUGAACUCAAUUCUAUUGCCCUCUAUACUCCUCGGUUAGUUGAGGUUGUCAAGGAGAGGCCCAAGUGGAAUGCCACCGAUUUCUUCAAGGAGAUUCACCCCAACAUUCCAUACUUGCAUCAAUUGCCUUGCAGUUGGGGAGCUCUUUUCUUUCCUAAGCAUUGGAGAGAAUUUUACACAUACAUGGGCACACGAUACACGGCAGAUGCCAAAAACAAUUCUGUCCAAAUACCAAAGUCAAGAACCAAUGGUUGGCAAGCAUCUUGGAAGAAAUUUCUAAUUGACAUGAUGUAUCUAAGAGGCUACGUCACUUUGUAUCCCAAUUUUCCUAACCAAGCGAGUUUCUCUACAAACCACAUGGAGCCAGGUGCCCACAUUAAUGCAUCAAAUAAUGCUUUGAAGCACAAAAAAGAGGAUUUUGAGGUGCCUUUGUUACAGGAAGAUUUCAUGACUCUCUUGCCAAAUGGAAAGCUACCCUCUAUGUCUAAGCUACCGGUUCUCAAUUUGUUCAAUCGGCCAGUUAGUUUAAAGGGUCUAAAGUCUGCUGGGGCAAAGCUUCAUCAGGAUGUGAUUCUAUGCAAUGCUACAGAAGUUGUGAUUGUAGAUAAUGAUACCGGCCUGCCUUUACGUUGUGCCAAGUUUUGAUUUUUCAUUCAUCCCGGACAAAAGCUUCCAGUUGAAUUUCAGUUUCUCCCAUAAUGCUUCUCGUAGUAUCAUUUUAAUACAGAUGCAUGAUCAAAAGGUCUUCAAGGCGAACUAUAGUUUCCUACAAUAAGCCUAACCUGCUAAAAAAUGCAGGAAAGAUAUUGUUUGUACUAUUUUUAUAAAGGAUGAAUGAAAGUUGUCAGAUUCAUUACUACCUGCAAUAGUACACAAAGAAUUUGGACACAAGGAGAAACUAAUGCAAUUUUUUUUUUA